AUGGCGGGACGGGGUGGGCGAAAAUCGUCCCCGGACGUGGACUCCGAGGUCGAUCUCGAUGACGUCGAUGUCGGCGAUGAGGAGGGAAAGGGAGAUAAGCAGUCGAAGAAGGCGACGACGUCGCAGUAUCGGGGGGUGAGACAGCGCCCGUGGGGGAGUUGGGCCGCGGAGAUCCGGGAUCCAAAUCGAGGGGCGAGGUUAUGGCUGGGUACUUUCGACACCGCCGAGGAGGCGGCGAGGGCGUACGACGCCGCGGCGAGACAUAUUCGAGGCCCGAACGCGAAGACCAACUUCCAACUCGCACCCGGAGAGGAGCCGCCGCCGUUCGUCUUGCCCGAGCCCCCGUCCGGUGGUCGAGGCAUGGGUGGCGGCGCUGGAGGCGGAGGACGAGGACGCGGCUCCGAUAUGGGACUCCCGUCCACCGGUUACGGCGGUGCUGGGCCAUCGCGCCAGCCAAACAUGAUGAAGAAGCAAAAACCCGUCAAGGGAGGUGUGAGCACGAUUUACGGUUUUGGGACGCCCACGGGCGAGAAGAGCGGGGUGCCAAAACGUGGUUCGAUCGGCUUCGGCAGCGGUAUCGACCUCUCGGCGCUCGCGAACGCCAAUCUAGCGCUCGCCAACCAAAAUCUCGCAUCCGCGGGUUCCGCGCGAAAGGAGUCGGAGAGCGGUUUCAUGAAGCUCUUCGCCAACGGUAGCUUGGGCGACACGCCAUCGAGUACGGGUGGGUCUCCGCUCAUCAUGCCCGAAUCGAUCGAAUUCCGGGACGGUAUAUUCGGCAUGAGUGGUGAGAUUCCGGUCAUCUCCACCAAGCGCGACCGCGGUCCGAGUAGCGCAUUCUUCGGCACGUCCUUCGGCGUCGCGGGGUCAUUCGGCUCAAUGUUUCCGCCAGACAUGGGACUGUCGUCAACGCCAGACGCUGGUGACGGCUCGAACUUCAGCGGGUUUCCCAUGUCACCAAACACCGGUAUAGACGGUGAUUUCAACGUCGGAAGUUUGGGAACGAUUGGCGAUUUGGGCGACGCUCUUCCCGCGGUGGGGUCGUUUGAACUCGGCAGUCCGGUGGAUUUGGACUCAAUGAUGAACUCGAUGUCGAGGAAUAGCGGCGGUAAGGCGCAACCGAUGGCAUCGAUCCUCGGUAAGCCGAAGAAGCAGGAGCACGACUCGCCGCUCGGAAGGGCUUCAACGCGCUCCUCGCGUGACACCCGUUCGAAGAGCGCGCAGUUAGACGCGCUGUCCGCACUCAAGUGA